AUGACUGCUCUGUACAUGCCCCUACUGACAUACUUAGCAAUUGGUGGUGCCCUGUCUAUUGUUCAUCAGAUGGAUCCAGUACUCAUAACUCAGGCUGGGGCGAAUGCCAACCUGUCUUGCUUUUUUCCAAAAGACAAGGCAACAAGUGUGAUGUGGUUGAAACAGACAAUCGGACAGGGUCCCGUUGUUAUAGCGACAUCUUAUUAUCAUACAAGUCCAGCAGAACUUGAGAAGAGCUUCAACAAGAGCAAACGUUUCAUUCCAAACAGAGGAAUCGAUAGUUUUAACCUCAGUAUCUCGAAGAUAGAACCAGCGGACUUGGCUACAUACUACUGUGCAGUAUCCCUUGUGAACAAGGUGACAUUUGGAAAUGGUACUCUUUUGGUGGUAAAACGUGCUGAUCUUGACACACACACCAUUCUUCAGGAGCCAGUAUUUGGGUCAUUUCAACCAGGAGAUGAUCUGUCUCUCCAGUGUAAAAUUCACGCCAACAUCUCUACAGCAGAACGAAAUAUUUACUGGUUCAGACAUGGUUCAGGAGAAUCCCAUCCAGGAAUCAUUUACACCCAUGGAAACAGGAGUGAUCAUUGUAAGAAGAGGUCUGAGGCUGGUUCUCCUACACAGAGCUGUGUCUAUCACCUCCCCAAGAGGAACCUUAGUCCAUCUGAUGCUGGAACCUACUACUGUGCUGUAGCCACAUGUGGACAGAUAUUGUAUGGGAACGGAACAGAGUUAAAUAUUGCAGUUUCAGCUGAAAAUCCAAGCCCCACUGUCUCUCAGCCAAAGCCAUCACUGUCUGCUCCACUGGGAGGCUCUGUCACUUUGGAGUGUAACACCACUGCAGAAAAAGCAAUGGAUUGGAUUUGGUUGAAGCAGAGCCCCGGACAGAAGCUAAGACCCAUUGUGUCAACGUAUUAUGGAACUGAACAGUUUCAAGACGAGUUUUUGGGUGACCCACAUUUAGAACUCCAAGUAGCAAGAGAAUCCCAUCCAGGAAUCAUUUACACCCAUGGAAACAGGAGUGAUCAGUGUGAGAAGAGCUCCGCGGCUGGUUCUCCUACACAAAGCUGCGUCUACAACCUCCCCAUGGCAAAUAUCAGUCUCUCUGAUGCUGGAACUUAUUACUGCGCUGUGGCAACAUGUGGAGAGAUACUGUUUGGGAGUGGCACUAGGAUUGAGAUUGAAGGCAUUAUCAUCAUCACACUAUUGGCUCAUUUUGGGAUGAAUGAGAUCCUUGACUAUAUUCCUAUUGACUAUAUUCCUAUUGACCGUGUUGGAUUUUACCCCUUUUGCAGAAUCCUGACGUGGAUGUUACAAACUAUGCUGCACUCAGCUUAA